UUCGCUUCCGUUGCGAACAAAGUAACUUGCUUGUGUGUCCUUAACAGUCCAUCGUACGUUUUUGCGGUGAACGCCAAUGUAAGUGGUCGAACAAGCGACCUUGAAUGGUCGUUGGAAGUGCGUGACAUCUGAUAAAAAGCGAGGAGGUCAAAGCUUCGGAGCCGUCUCUAGGGAUGCAAAUGUGACAGAGACGUCUACGAAUUUUAUCUCUUUAGUUAAAAUUGUUGAUAAAUUCAUUAGCUUGAAGUACAACGGUGCUGGUGUUCGAGUUUGGACUUCUACAGUGGUACCCUUCGCUCAAGGCAAGCUGGCAUUAAGCAGCGGACAAAAUUGACAAUUCAAGUGUCUUUGAAAGUCGACUCGGCCCAUCAACAGACGUCAGGAUGAAUAACAUUGUAUUUACUACAGUGCGCCGUUAGCCGUCGCGGGCUUUCAAGUUCAAACAAUCGGUGACCUAUCGUCGAUGCGGAUAAACAAUAGGAUUGAAGCGGAGAUUUUUAUUACCCGAUCAUAGGCAGGUUGCCUCAUGGAUAUAGUACGCUUCUUCACAGCGGCUCAUAUGUGACUCAAUGAGCGCGAGUGGCAAAAGAGACUCUUCGGCAUACGUCAAUGAAUCGUUUUCUAUCGAUGAAGAGGACAACCAUAAGUUAGCCGCUAGACGUCUCCAUGGAGGAUCAGAUUCGAGACGGAAAAGCAGAGAAGCUAGAGGAGGAAGCGCCAAAUCUGAAGACGUUGCUUCUACAGAAAGUGACCAGAAUGAGGCAAUGACAGCAGAUAAAGAUUCAGGAUCAAACAACAAGUCGGAACCCAAAGUCCUUUCGCGGGGUCAAUGGGCCAACAAAGCCGAGUUCAUUUUGUCGUGCAUCGGACUUUCCGUCGGCAUUGGAAAUAUCUGGCGAUUUCCUUUUCUUGCCUAUCAGAACGGCGGAGGUGCCUUCCUAUUACCUUAUUUCACUCUAAUGUUGCUUAUCGGCAAACCUCUCUAUUACCUGGAGCUUGCUAUGGGCCAGUUCAGUUCAUGCGGUUGUUUAGAAGUAUGGAAAUGUGUGCCAGCUUUCAAAGGUGUGGGCUACGCUCAGCUCGUGACCUCUACAAUUAUAUCGAUCUAUUACAAUGUAGUUCUGUGCUACACAAUAUUCUAUAUGGGGCAGAGUUUUCGUUCAGAACUGCCAUGGUCGUCAUGCGCAAAGUGGUGGGGCGCUGACAGUCAGUGCUACGUCCGCCAAGACGACGUGGCGCGCUGUGAUGCUCAGAAAAAUCGCUUAGUACAAAUGUUCGGAAAUAACACACCGGCCUCAUCAGGAUUUACGAUUACCGAUUCGAGGAACCAGUCGGUGACGAUUCCCGUCUCUUUGUUUGCUGCUAGCAUGCAAAACUGUACCAAUGCCACUGAGACUGCUAGCCAACAGUUUUGGAACAAGUAUGUCCUUGGUUUGACGGAGAGUAUCGAGAAUAUGGGCGCAGUUCGUUGGGAUUUAGCACUAUGUCUGGCUAUCUGCUGGGUUAUUGUAUUUUUGUGCUUGAUCAAGGGCGUGAAAUCCAGCGGCAAAGUGGUCUACUUCACGGCUACAUUUCCCUAUGUAGUGCUGAUCACUCUCCUUAUACGUGGCCUCACUUUACCUGGAGCAAGUAAUGGAAUCUUUUACUUUCUUGUUCCCGAUUGGAGCAAAGUUAUCGACAUUCAGAUCUGGCGGAAGGCGGCCGAACAGCUUUUUUAUUCAUUAGGAGUCGCACAGGGAGCCAUUGUUAUGUUCGGCAGUUACAAUCGUUUCCGGAACCCUGUUCACAUUGACGCCCUUUUCAUUUCAACGAUGGACUUCCUCACGUCGCUGAUGGGUGGUAUCGUAAUCUUUUCGAUACUCGGUAAUAUGUCACACGAGCUUGGAAUACCCAUUUCUGAUGUGGCGUCACAAGGACAGGGUUUAGCCUUCGUCGCCUAUCCUGAAGCGCUCUCACGACUCGUCUGGCCGCAACUAUGGUCUUUUCUAUUCUUCUUCAUGCUUUUCCUGCUUGGACUUGACUCCGAGUUCGCGAUGAUCGAGACGCUUCUAACAGCACUCUAUGAUGAAAGGCCUGAGCUGCGUAAGAACAAAAUGCCUUUGACGUUCCUCGUGUGCUUUAUAUGCUUCAUUCUGGGCAUACCUUGCGUGAUGGAGGGGGGUCAGUACGUGCUCAACCUGAUGGAUACCUAUGGAGGAGGCAUUUCCGUUGUGUUCCUGGCUGUUUCUGAAGUUAUCGGCGUUUCUUGGGUGUACGGUGUGAACAGAAUCUGCGCGGACUUCGAAUUCAUGAUUGGCCACAAACAGUCGAUGUACUGGCGCAUUUCGUGGUUCAUAUUCUCGCCUUUGAUUCUCAUGUUCCUAUUCAUUUACGGUGUGAUCAAACACAAACCGAUUGACUACAACGGAGUCCCCUAUCCAAGAUGGGCCGAUAACGUUGGAUGGGCUAUGGCUCUAGUUUCGAUGUGUCUCGUGCCCAUCUACAUACUGUAUUCAGUUUUCAAAAAUCGAGACGACUUUCGCGUUGCUUUCCAAGCUGACAAAGACUGGUGCCCAAAAGACACGAAUGAGCGUCGAGCUUAUCAAGAGAUGCUCAACGAGCAUCGAUCACCCUCGGUUGAGUUUGCCUCAAGGAACUAAUCCACAAAAUCAAAUAGCAGUGUUAUAUUUAAGAUGAUUAAUGGUUGUGUACUAUAGUUAGGUAAAAGCAUUGUGGCUAAAACCGAAGAAGUGACAAAAUGAUCUAUAUAUAUAUAUAUAUAUAUAUAUAUAUAUAGUGUCUGCAAUUAUAAAAAGAAUUAAAUGAAGAACGAAACAUCAAACUAAAAUGAAUCAUUUUAGAAAAACAGGUUCAUGAAUGUGUUCAACUUUAGGAAAUACCAUUGUCCUUUACUUGAUGUUACUGUAGGACAACACAUGUGUAAUUGCGAACAACCAUACUGUUAAAUUUGUCACCUCGCCGCUCGGCCUAUUUAGCUGCUCGCCAUGGCUGCAACAAAAUUGUUAACGAAUCUGCUAGCAGUUAUACGACAUUGUUGUUAACAAAGCUCUUUUUUAUUAAGCCCCUGACUAUUAAGUGGUUUUAACAGUAUAUAUAGUGUGGUAUCAAAAUGGAUUAUCAAGUAUCACAGUCACCUGUAUAUGUACCGGGGGAUGCUGUUUACGGUAAUUCAGUGAUUUUGCAGUCCGAGGCCUCUAGAUCGACCCAAGCAGCCGUGCAUGUAUGUAAAGUAUAAAAAUAAACGUGGAAAGGAACUUAAUAAAAAAAAAUAUAGAAUUUACAGCUACAUGUGUUGAAUAUUGUUAUUGUAAUAGCUAUGGCCCUAAGACAGACGCAUGUUACUCAUUGCUGCUUUUUAUGGUGACCUUAUAGACUUUUAAUAAUACUGCUAGAAAAUAUACGUGCCGGGACUCCGAACAAGCUGAUCAAUCGACAAUGUGAAGUUCUGUGAUUCACUUCAUUAGCGUGCUUCUACACAAAAAUACUGUAUACCAGCAAUGAUCCAACGUAAGCAAUGAUCCAAACGUGACUUCACUCGUCAAUUUACGCCCAUUUUGUAAAUUUGUUUGAAAUGUAACUCUGGGAAGGAUAUAGCUAAAAUUAAUCUAAUAGCUUCGCCCUAUACUUUGAUUAUGCGCCUACAUUUCAUAUAUAUUAUAUAUAUAUUAUUAUAUAUAUAUAUAUAAUAUAUAUAUAAUAUAUAAGAGAGAGGGAGAGAGGGAGAUCGUCAUAUACAGCUUUACUGUCCUGAAUCAAUGUUAUAGAUGUGAAGGUAGCAAAUAUUUAGCUAAGUGUGCGUGAUGAAAUACUUAUCGGAUAAUAAUGAUAAUCUAAAUGAAAUAAAAAUUCAGUUUUUUUAAUACUAAUGUUAAACUUCAUACAUAAUAACGAGCGGUCACUAGAAAUCAUUUUAAGGUACAAUUACAUGAAUGAAAAGGAAUCACAAGGAAUCGGAACAAAAUAUAUCUAAAGUAAUAUAUGAUAUAAAUCUCAAUUCGCAGGUAUAAGUUGUUUGAUUUAACUGUGAACAACAAUUUACGAUUGAACUUUACGAUUGAAACAAACAAUCGUUGGCAUGCGGAUUUUUCCUUACACGAAAAAACUUCAUAAUUUACAAACGAUCGUUCCUUCUUUCUUUCUUUCUUUUUUUUUUUAUAUAAAGAAAUUAUGUGAAUUUCUUUAUAUAAAUGACAAGGGCAAAAAUGAGCGAAUUAAAAAGCAAGAGAUUUUUUUGUAUCAUCGAAGUUUGACGAUUUAACCUAUCCUAUUAGCUUCAAUAAUCUGUAUUUAGAACGUCACUUAAUAUUAUUUUGGCUACGUGUUACAAAUGAAAGACAAUUUAAUAAAAUCAAAAAAGC